AUGCAUCCUGAUGAGUGCUUCUUCCAAUGCAUACUUUUCCGUUUCGGCAAAGCUCACCCUAUCACCAAAUACGUUCUAACGACAGUGACGUAUGGAUUGGCUCCGUCAUCGUUUCUGGCAACCUGCACGCUUCAUCAGCUUGCCGAAGACGAAGGCGAUUCGUUUCCCCGCGCUGCAGAGGCGCUAAAGCAAGAUUUUUACAUGGACGAUUUCAUCCGAGGAGAGAAUAGCGUCGAGUCGGCGAUCAAAUUACGACGAGAGAUAACUGAGUUACUCAAACGUGAAGGUUUUCGACUGAGAAAGUGGAGUUCCAAUUCCCAAGCGGUCCUAGAAGGAGUUCCGGAGGAUGACCUAGCCACUCAAUCCUGUCGAUCGUUCGAUCCCGAAGAGACAAUUAAAACGUUGGGAAUCAGCUGGGAACCAUCGACCGACCAGUUUCGAUUCAGCAUCAACGUGAGCAUGAAGGAAGGACCGAUAACCAAACGUAAAAUUUUGUCGGGGAUCGCACGCCUGUAUGAUCCGCUUGGUUUGAUUGCACCGAUUGUCGUUCGGGCCAAGAUAUUGAUGCAACAGUUGUGGAUGCUGUCUUUGGAAUGGUACGAGGAGGUACCCACCGAGAUCCAAGCCAAAUGGAUGACUUUUAUCAACGAGCUGCCCUACCUAGUCAGUUUUCGUAUUGAUCGGUAUGCUUUUGAGGAGGGGGAUGUGCAACUACAUUGUUUCGCCGAUGCAUCCGAUGUUGCUUAUGGCGCGUGUCUGUACGUGCGUACAAUUGGAAUCAACGGUGAAGUGAAGGUUGAACUGCUAACUUCGAAAUCGAGGGUGGCCUCGCUGAAGAAGCGUAGUACUGCACGGUUGGAAUUAUGUGCUGCUCAAAUCGCUGCUCAUCUAGCUACGAAAGUCCGCAAUGCGCUGGAAAUUGAACCUGGAUCCAUCCGGUUUUGGUCAGAUUCGACGGUGGUCUUGCACUGGCUUUGCUCCCCACCGCAAACAUGGAAAACGUUUGUUUCAAAUCGUGUGGCCGACAUUCAAAUCCUAACUCACGGCUCCAGGUGGCGGCAUGUUUCCCGAAUGGAGAAUCCCGCAGAUUUGGUAUCGCGGGGGUAUGGAAGUUAG